CGCAGUUGGUGACAGGAAUCCUCUUCCCCGGGUGUUGUGAUAUAAACAGAGUCUGGGCGGCCGGCCUGCUGCUGUCUGAAAUUAUAAACGGUCGCCAGUUGUAGCUGACGGGAUGCAGCCGGGGAAUGUGAAGGAUUCGGGCCGGCUGCUGAACGAGCUGUUGCUGCAGAGGAAGUGGCUGGGCCUCGGGCUCCUGCUGCUGGCCUGUCUCUUCCUCCAACUGCUGCUCAACAUCUGGUUGCUAUGUGUUUCGGUGCUACUGGUGUUGCUAGGCGGCUGGCUGGGCUCACAACUAAUGCUCAGCCCCACCAAUCUGGUCCACUUGGAAAGAUUUAUCAGGUUGGAGCCCACCCUACCCCAGGCAGACUCUGAAUUGCUGCUGGCCAAGGAGAUCGAAGGCACCAUCACCAAGAUAGUCAGGGAUUUUGUCACUUCUUGGUACAGGACCGUCAGCAAGGAGCCAGAGUUUGAGAAUGAGGUGCAGAGAGCCAUGCAUGCCAUGGCUUUGGAGCUGAAGAGAAGGAUGGAGCGUGUCGACAGGAAAGGACUGGCUCAAAGGAUCCUUGUUUUGUGCAGCUGUCACCUGGAGGUUUACAUGAAGGCCAAGAAGACUUCACGCGAGAAGAUUGGCCGCCACCAUGCAGAAGAUAAUCAGUCACUGUGGAAAAUAUAUUGCAAAGUCAAUGACGCUCAUAUUGCGCUUCAGAGUCCUGCUACAGAAGUGAAUUAUGCAAGGGGCAUUGUUGAUCUACUUCUGCACGUGUUGGUGCCCUAUCCCAAUCUAGAAACCAGGACAGGGAGGUUUGUGGUGAGAGAGCUAAUCAUGUGCAAUGUGCUUCUACCCCUUAUAAACAAAAUGGCAGACCCAGAUUGGAUAAAUGGUAUUAUCAUAGACAUUUUUACCAAAUCCAGCAGCAAGACAGUGGAGGUAAUGGAGAAGUCUUUGCAGCUGAUCAUGCCCACUUCCUUGCCCUUGAAACCCCAAAAAGAGGUAAUUGCUGAAUCAGUGCCAACUCCGAAAACCGAAGAUCUUCAUUGCUAUGAUGCUGAUAGCUUAGAGAUCAAUAUGGAGGAGACAAACCUAUCAGUAAAUGGAAAUGCAAGUAAAACAAAUGAAAAGUUUGAAAAAUCAGUACAAAAUACAACCAGUGGCUAUGAUCACCAAAGGCCAGACAAAUUAAACCUCUUCUAUUCAUGUGAGGAAUUUGAACCCGAAACACCACAAUCUGAUGUGAGAAAGGAUUCUACAGAAUCAUUAACACUGUUGGCAUCUGAAGAACUGGCUGUGGACAGGCUUACUCCAAUGGAACUAGCUAAUACUUUUGAUGCACUAGAAGAUGCAAGUGGUGAUGAGCUAAAUGUAGGUGAAUCCACAGUUUUGCCAUCAUUUGACCAAAAUGCAGCUUCUGUAGGGUUGGAGCAUGUUGAUGACGUUGGAAAAGAAGAGGCUUUUGGUAAAUUAGCGACAUCCACAACUAUUUUAGCUCAUGAAACAAUCCGAAUUCUUUCCAGCCCACACCCUUUUCAGGAAAAGGAGGCUGUUCCGUCAGAUGGUUCAUCUUGUAACUCCUUAGAUGUUGUGUCCACAGGACCUGUGCAUGCAUCCUCACCCACUUCAAUAAGUAUGUCUGCUUACAGUUUUGAACCUAUUUGCAGUCCGGACACACCAGUGGUGAUUCACAAUUUGAGGAUCAGUGGAACAGUCACAGCAAAAGAACACCGAGGAGGAGGAUUUCAUCCUUACACACUGUACACUAUUAAGUAUGAAACUGCAUUGGACACAGAGAAUCCUGGAACACUCCAGCAGGUGGCAUAUCACACUGUUAAUCGACGCUACAGUGAAUUCUUGAAUCUGCAAACUAGACUGGAAGAAAAGGCAGAACUACGCAAGCUCCUCAAAAAUGUGAAAGGACCAAAGAAGCUCUUUCCCGAUCUGCCAUUUGGAAACAUGGACAGUGAUAAAGUAGAGGCUCGAAAAAGUCUUCUGGAGACCUUUCUGAAACAACUAUGUGCCAUUCCUGAAAGUGCAUAUUCUGAGGAAAUGCAGGAGUUUCUGGCUCUAAAUACUGAUGCUAGAAUUGCUUUUGUGAAGAAAUCCUUUGUGUCCAGGAUUGAUAAGAUUGUUGUCAGUGCGAUAGUGGAUACUUUGAAGACAGCAUUCCCUCGAAUAGAACCCCAGAGCCCUACUGAAGAUGUGGGAGAAUGUGAGGUAGAUGGAAAAUCUCAAGGGGAUGGAAAGAAAGUGACCAAAUCUCGUCUGAGGUUUACUUCCAGUAAAAUUGCUCCAGCACUGAAUGUUGGUGACAUUCAAGCAAAAGUCACAUACUGCUACAAUGAGAACAAUUUACCAGAUGGCCUUAGCAUAGCUAGCAUGGAGGAUUUCAUCUUGGAAAAAGAGAAACUGCUGAAAAGAGCACAAAUUAAUUUGAAAGCAAAAGAAUCCAAAGGAGUUGUGGCCGUUGAAAAUGAUCAUGCAAUCAAGAAACUGCAGGGCAAUGCAUCAUCCUCUUCUCAUCAGGAUUUGAUUUCAGAAGGUUCUGAAACAGCUUUGGCAGAUGUAGCACUGGAUCUCCUUUGUUUACUGAUGAAAGAUCACUGGAGCUGGCUCUGCACUGAGAACAUGCAAAAAGUAAUCAGGCUGUUGUGUGGGACCUUGAUAGAAAGGUGGCUCGAGGUCCAAAUUAUUAAUCUGACAUGUACUCAACAUUGGGUUGUGUACCUCAAGCUUUUGCAGGAAGCUAUCUGGCCUGGAGGAACUUUACCUAAAUUUCCGAAGUCAGUCAGAACACAAGAACAGAAAGUACAGACCAAGGAAUUGGCCUUCCAAUGUCUAAUGAAAAUGCUGCCAGCUCUGGUUCCUGAAAUUCUUGGUGAGGAGGGUUACAAGAAAAGCUGGCAGCUAGUGCUGGAAUCUCUGCAAGAUCCUAUGAUAAACAGACAUCUGGUUUACUGCAUCUGGGAUCUGUUGCUGGAGUUCCUGGUCCCAGAAGCUUCCAGUGAGGAAUUUCAAAAGUCUUUGCUUUCCUGUGCUUCUGGCAGUUCUGAGAAAGUACUGGGCUGAGUUCAAGAAGUAAUCGCCAUGAAGUGACUGAAUACAAAGGAAAUGUGCCACAAAAGCAUCUCGUGGGCAUAACUACCAGAGGUCAGAUAAAACAAAGUGCAACAACAUCUUUUUGCACGACAAUGUGCAAGAAAACAUCCCAUCUGAAUUUUGUGCGUUAUCUUCAGAUAUAUAAUAAAAUUACUGCUCAUAAUAAUAGACUAUUUAUUGGAAGUCUGUAAUGCAUGAUCAGACAUCACCUCACACUGCUUUGAGCUUUGUUAAUCAGAUAUGAUCUGAAUCUGUUAGCAGAAGGUGUACAGGUCAUCUCAAGUGGAAAUGAGGUGCUUUUGAGCAGAUGUACAAAGCAAUUCAAAAUGAUUAGAAUGUUGAAUAUUGCAGUAAAAUGAGAUACAGCUCUUCUGCAAAGGUGAGUUUUAAAAGGCUUUGGAUUCAUUCAAUGUUUUAAAAAGUUUUUGAGAAAGCAUUCCACAACAAGCUUCUAAACCUUCUACCUAACAAUUCAACCACAUUUAUACCUUUGCUGCUUUUGUUCUGGUUGAGCCAAGAAGGCCCGUCUCCACAACUGCACUAAUGAACAAUAUUUCUUCAUCCACUCCUAAAAUAAAGAUGUAAGCACUGAAUAGCACAAUGUGAAUUUAUUGCUUAGCGCUUCGGAGUAUCAAGACCUGGAAACUUGUCCAAAUUAUUCCAGCUGUGACUGCAUGAGAAAUCCUCAGACAUGCCAUGCAAAUUUUGCUUACGCCGUUAAACGGAGAGUAUUUUCAGCAGAGUAACUGCAUGGAACAGGAAUAGGUCUAAUAGAUUUUCUGGCCAAGUAACUGAAGAACUAAAGCUACACUCCAUUCUCAUUAUAACCUGGUGCCUGGGAUCUGUGCAUUUUGGUAAUGAAUUUGCUAUAAUAUAGCCUUAAAUGUAAGAGAAGGUAUCAAAAUUAAGUUCCAAUUUAUUUUCUCUGAGAGAUAGUUGGAAUGAAAGCUUUACUUACUGAAAUCCUAACUAAAUACUACAUAUUUUCUUCUCUAAUUUGUUGAACUACAUGAACAUUUUGCACAUU